AUGAAUGAGAAGAUAACUGUUGACUGUGAGAAGUUUCUUCAAUGCUAUGAAGAAAGCAGUUCGCAAAUGGAAGCCUCAAGCAAAUCUCUGCAACAACGGGAAUACGAACUUACAAAAAACGAACUGAAGCUUCAAAAGUCAAAGUCAAAGCAACAACUCAAGAAGAGAGUGCAAGAAAGAUUGUCAUCCUGCAAACAACUAGUCAAAGAAAGCUGCACUUCUAGGAAACUAGCGGAGGGUAUAACGGAUGAACUAGUGAUCCUUCAAAAGAGAAGAGCUGAACUGGAAUCCCAACUCAAAGCUGUCAAUUAUGAAAGUCUAGAAAGCGAGAUUACACAACUUGAAACUGCAUUACAUGCUAUACAAGAAGAUUACUAUACAGACCUUCAAGAAAAGAUGAAGAAUUUACAGACCGAAUUGAUACAGAAGAAUGAAAAACUUCAAGAAAUGAAAAAUAAUGAAAACUCUUUUCGUUCAGCUAUCCAGACAAUAUAA